AUGAGUGGAGCAGUUUAUGGUGGAGAUGAAGUCGGUGCAUUAGUUUUCGAUAUAGGGCACAAUAGUGUAAGGGCUGGAUAUGCCGGCGAAGACUGCCCCAAAGUUGAUAUUCCAACAACAGUGGGAGUGUGGCUUGAUUCAGAGGAUGAAGUCUCGGUUCCUGUAACGCACUAUAAUAUUGGGCUUUGUGCUAUUCAUGUUUGGAGGCCUGAAAUGGAACUGAGUACGUUUUUGAAAGAUGGCAUGGUGGAAAACUGGGACAUGUUUGAAAAUUUUCUAGAUUAUAUUUACUAUUCAGCUCUGAAAGCAGUUCCUAGAGAUCAUCCCAUUCUCCUGACAGAACCCCCAUGGAUAACGUCGCCCAAAAGGGAAGAAAUGGCAGAGCUGAUGUUUGAGAAAUAUGGGGUACCUGCUGCUUAUUUAGCAAAGAAUGCUAGUUUAGCUGCAUUUGCUAAUGGAAGGCCUACUUGCUUGGUACUAGAUAGUGGUGCUACACACACCUCAGCUGUUCCAGUUCAUGAUGGUUAUGUAUUGACACAAGCAGUAGUCAAGUCUCCCGUUGGUGGUGAUUAUUUGAGCGAACAGUGUAGAGUAUAUUUACAAGAAAGAGGUAUUGAAUUAGUACCUCCAAGUUUUGUGGCAUCCAAGGAAGUUGGUAGGCCUGAAGAGUCUCCUACUUGGCAAAGACGCGAUGUUCCCUAUAACUUAACUGAUUCCUGGUUCGCGUAUAUGAUAAAAGAAGUCAUGCAAGAUUUUCAAGCGACGAUUCUACAAGUAUCGGAUAGUUCAUAUGACGAGGAAAUCGUCAAGACGAUGCCAACUACACAUUACGAGUUUCCUAAUGGUUUUCAUCGAGAUUUUGGAGUCGAAAGAUUUAAAAUACCAGAACCUCUCUUCAAUCCAACUAAUGGAGCCAAAUCAGGAAUCCAACCGAUUUUGGGAGUUGGAUCUUUAGUUACCACUAGUGUUGGAAUGUGUGAUAUUGAUGUUAGACCUGCUAUGUAUGGUAAUGUUGUUGUGACUGGAGGAAAUUCUAGUCUACAAGGAUUUACAGAAAGACUCAAUAGGGAUUUGUCGAAUAAAACUCCGCCUAGCAUGCGAUUAAAAGUUAUUAGUGCACCAGGAUCUUCAGAAAGGAGAUUUGGCGCGUGGACUGGUGGUUCCAUAUUAAGCUCGUUGGGAACAUUUCAACAAAUGUGGGUUUCUAAACAGGAGUAUGAGGAAGGUGAAUCGCUUGUGUACUUCGUUACAGCGUGGGUGCCUUUGCUAAAGGCGUUCUUUAUGGGAAAUCUCUGCUUGUGA